AAAAGGUCUCAACAGUCUCCUUCUAGCGGUAGAACUAGAAAUUCCAUUUAAACCCAUUGAAGGGUACUUUGCAAAGGUGUCAUAGACCGCCGAGAUCAAGUAACCCUCGUGAGUUUGGGUGUUACGUGACUUUUCAAAAUUGAGGUAACUGUCAUCUGUCGAAGGUCAAUUCAGCUUGAAUUACAGGCGCUAUCGUUUUUUCUAUAAUCAAAACAACACAACACCACAGCUGAACAGAGACUUUCUGAUUUAGUUCAUCAAUCCUUCUGGAACAGUGUAACCGAAACCACCUCUCCAAUGACGCUUUUUUGGAGGACUCUCCGAUUCGGUGUAAGGAAUGUACGCCUCAGCAGGCAAACGUCUUCUUGUUUCAACUUGUCCAGCUGGGCAUUUAAUUCCACCAAAUCAUCUACAACCAAUGCCAGUGUAUCAAUUGGGAAAUAUUUGCCUGUAAAUCAAUUAUGCAGGAGUUUCAGUACUCACAUCGAAAGACAACCUCAUUCAGAACAUUUCUUUCUUCGUCAGCUGUUUGAUAGGGAAAGUUGCACAUACACUUACCUCCUUGCUGAUGCAUUUACAAAAGAUGCUGUGGUCAUUGAUCCUGUCAUCCAGCUUGUCGACAGAGACCUAGAAAUUGUUAAGGAAUUGGGCCUUAACAUCAGAUAUGCUUUAAGUACCCAUAUGCACUCCGAUCAUACGACUACCGUCCAAAAGCUGAAGAAGUACCUUCCAUCAUGCAAAACUGCCAUUUCUGCUGCCAGUGGGGCGACCGCGGAUAUCUUAGUACGCCAUGGCGAUAUCAUUAAGUUUGGCCGACUUAAUCUAGAAGUACGAGCAACACCAGGACAUACGAACUGUUGCGUGACUUACGUAUGUCACGAAGAGGGAGUGGCGUUUACCGGGGACACUUUACUGAUAAGAGGAUGCGGCCGAACUGAUUUCGACCAAGGAGACCCGGAGACUUUAUAUAUGUCAAUUUUUAACCAGAUUUUCUCACUGCCAAACACACACAGGCUCUACCCAGGUCACGACUACAGAGGUCGAACGGUCACAACCGUUUACGAAGAAAAACGUUACAAUCCCCGAUUGACGAAAAGCCGAGAAGAAUUCAUUCAAAUCAUGAAAACCUUGAAUUUGGCCCACGCCACCGAUAACCAAAUGGAACAUUCCCUGCCAGACAGUUUUAAGUAAAAAUGUCCUGAUGGAUGAAUCUGUCACCUGAUGAACUGGAAAAUUUGAUCUUCUGAGCAGCGCUUUUUCUUUCCACAUCCAUUGUGUCAACAUGAUUUGCUAUUACAUGUUUAAACCAAUAUUACUUGGGAAUCUGAAAACAUUAUACAGUGAAAACAGCCCCAUUAUUUCCUUAUUUCUAUUUCACAUUGUCUGUAUGCCUUGAGAAUUUUCAAUAAAAGUUAAUCAAAAAACA